AUGGCACAGGUUAAUUUAGAUACUCAUCAUGAGGAUAUGGUUCAUGAUGCACAAUUCGAUUACUAUGGAAAAUAUUUAGCGACAUGCUCGAGCGAUAGACUUAUAAAGAUUUUCGAUGUCGGUGGAGACAACCACGUACAUCUCGCAGACUUGAGAGGACACGAAGGUCCAGUCUGGCAAGUAGCAUGGGCACAUCCAAAGUUUGGAAAGAUAUUGGCAUCGGCAUCGUACGACAGAAAGGUCAUCAUCUGGAAAGAAACAAACAACAACCAAUGGAGCAUCAUCCACCAAUAUUCCGGUCACGAACUCUCUGUCAACUCUAUCUCAUGGGCGCCACACGAGUUUGGUCUGUGCUUAGCGUGUGCAUCUUCCGAUGGUACCGUUUCAAUUCAUAACUUUAAAGACAAUGUUUGGGAACAACCACAAAAGAUUACAGUAUCUCAAAUCGGUGUAAAUUCAAUUUCUUGGGCACCAGCUUCAACACCAGCAUCACUUGUCAAUGCUACACAACAAUCGAUUCCAGCACCCGUCAAACGUAUUGUCACCGGUGCAUGUGAUAAUUUAAUUAGAAUUUUCAAAUUCUCAGAAGAUAAAUGGGUACUUGAAAAGCAAUUGGAAGAACAUAAGGAUUGGGUUAGAGAUGUCGCUUGGGCACCAAAUAUCGGAUUGCCAACAUCAAAGAUUGCAUCAUGCUCACAAGACAGAACCGUUGUAAUUUGGACUCAAGACGAAGCCGGUAAUUGGUCGGGAAAACCACUACCAAAGUUUGACGAUAUCGUGUGGAGAGUAAACUGGUCUGUUAUUGGACAUAUUUUAGCUGUAUCGUGUGGUGACAAUCAAGUGACUCUUUGGAAGGAAGGUUUGGACUCUGAGUGGAAGCCAGUAUCACAAAUUGAGAAUAAUUAA